UGUCACUUUAAUUUUGAGGUACAAGCACUUUAUACCUGUUGAAUGGACACACCAUCAGUUUUAUAACUGAUAAAAAUUAAAGUUUAUACUAGUCUUUAAAAGAAGUACAUUCGAUGUACAACAAUUUUUAGAUGGUAAAACCUUGUCAUGGAUAAUUAUGGUGAAGCAGAAAAAGAACUUGUUUUUCGAAAUAUAAAUAUUAGUUUAAAGCAAAAACAUGUACUCAAGAAUAUAAGUGGAGUGGCAAAGUCAAAGGAAAUUUUAGGAAUUUUUGGACCAAAAGGUUCAGGAAAAACAACGCUGGUUGAAACUUUGGCGGGACAGUUGACACCCUAUGUUGGCGAUGUAUUAUUGAGUGGUACACCAGUCGAACACACUCAGGCGGAAGUGACGUUAGUGCAGUCAGCUGACCUUCAUUUGCCCACUCUGUCAGUUUUAGAGACACUCAAGUAUGCAGCUGUCCUCAGACUUCAUGACAUGUCGACAAAAGAUCUGGAUCUUAGAGUACGUCACGUGAUCGACCUGUGUCAACUCGACAUUUUCAAAGAUCUCAUGAUGCAAUUUCUUCCCCAUCCUGCAAGGAAAAGAACAAGCCUGGCCUGUGAACUACUUCUAAAUCCUUCAGUGUUGAUCAUAGAUGACCCUGUGACAAACAUGGAAUUCAAAGACGCUAUAGAUUUACUAAAGCUAUUACGCCACUAUGCUGAAAAAUUCAACAAAAUUGUCGUGACGUCAUUGGCUGCAGCUCCAAGUGCUUUCUACAGCGUCUGUCACAAUCAACUUUUCCUAUACAACGGUCAUAUAGCAUAUUAUGGUACAGCCACAGAAAUUCCGAUUUUCCUUAAAGAAUUGGAGCUUAGUACACCACAGGGAUAUAAUCCUUCUGACCAUAUGUUGGAAUUGUUAAAUGAAGAUACCUUAAAUGACCGGUCACCGAUUCAAGAAAAAAUUGUACAAGAAAUGUACAAAAAGAGACAGGAACCUGGAUGGGAGUGCAAAUCUUCCAUAAACAAGUAUCCAAUCACGUGUCAUUAUAAACAUCACGUGACCUCUUCAGUUAAAAAUGAAAAGAAUACAAAGAAAUACGAUAACUCAAUAGACAUAUCUAAAGAGGAGGUUGAGGUUUUGGUGGAGAAUUCAAUUCCAAACCCUUCGAUUUUCACCACUUCUUUUUGUCAUCAGUUCAAAGUUCUGUUUGCUCGUAAUUUUCACAAUGCUCGACGGCGAAUAUUGAACCCGAUCAGUCUUAUUCAGAACUUUUAUAUCUUGGUCAUUUGUGUUCUUAUUUGGUGGAGACCGGAAAGGAUUGAGAACGAAGUGAUGGAUCGAAUGGGACUGUUUUUCUUUACUGUUGUACAAUGGGCCUUCUUUGCACUGCUAGAUGCAAUUCUUACAUUUCCAAAAGAAAUUAAAGUCAUAAAUCGAGAACGGAGAUUUCGACAUUACCGACUGUCAGCCUUUUGUAUCUCCAAGUUCUUGAGUGAAAUACCCUUGGCAAUACUUCAGCCGGUACUAUAUAUGGCUGUUAUUUACUGGGUGGCCAAUCUCAAUGGCGUUUAUGCCUUCUUGGCCUCCACUGGGGUACUCAUCGUAGACGUCCUUGCAGCUCAGAGUAUAGGAGUUUUUAUCGGAUCAGCUCUUCAGCCACCAUGGACAGUAACAAUCGUAUCCCUUGGACUUCUGUCAAUGAUGUUAUGGGGCGGUGCAUUCAACACUCCUCCUUCCUGGCUGAGUUGGGGGAAAUAUGCCUCGUUUUUCUUCUACGGGUUACAAGCUUUAAUUGUCCUGGAAUUCAAAGACGCCCCUCCCAUAAAGUGUUUACCUAAUAGUACACUACCGAUCUGUAAUAUGGUCAAUCCGGUAACAAAUAUGACGGUAGGGGAGUUUGACUCGGAGACAAUUUUAAUGGUGCAGAAGAUCACGUGGCCUGUAUGGCAAUAUGUCACAGUGUUGAUUGUUAUAAUGGUAGUCACACGGAUACUUUGGUAUAUUGUGAUGAGGCGACAGAAACUUCACUGGCAUUUGUAAUAGAGAGAGAGAGAGAG